AUGACAACGCUCUUUUGGUGGAUCUACCAACACCAGUCGCUGGUCCUGUUUACCGACGACGCUCCAGGAUAUUUCAUUGACUUCUCCAAGUUUCUCAUGGUUGUCGUUGUGUACUUCACGCUGCUGUUGGAAAGUUGGUUCAAUCGGAAGGUCGUGGCCGGGAUUUGGUUCGAGCUGGACCGUGUAUACCGUGCCAUCGCUAGCCCAAACUGGGCACGCUUGCAGCGUCGACAUUUCACCGUCGUGGGUUGCUUCCUGCUGUACAGUUCCUUCUGGGAGCUUAGCUUUGCGUACGGUGUCACCGGGACAGCGCGUGGAACCAACUUCACCAUCACCUUCUGGCUGCUGUUCACGCUGGUUCACCUGCGCCAGCUACAGAUUCUGCUAUACACCGAUCUGCUGGGCUUCUGCUUGGCGGAGCUGAACGCCCAGAUGCGCUGGACGAUCGAGUUGAGCCGGGCGGCCACGGAGUACGGUGGUCCCCGGACGGACGGCCAAAUCUGUGGCAACCUCAGUCUGCUGAUGGGCGUGUUCGAGCGCUUCUAUCGAUUGCUCGGCCUGCUGAACCGUGCCUUCGGAGGCUCGCUGCUCGUCAUCAAGAUUAUCAAUCACUCGUUCUUGCUAACCGACACCUACUGGAUCGUUUACGCCAUCAUGAAAGGGCGCCUGCUUGAAGCGAUGUACUUGCAGGCGUGCUUAUCGUCGAAGAUCAUCUGUCUGCUGCUGAAUGCGCACUCGAACGAACAGAUUGUGUUGGAGUGCGCCCGGUUGCGUGAACUUUUACAUCGCAUCGACCUAGGCUGGCAGCUGCGGAGCGUCCGCGGUUGGCACAUGGUGCACAACUUCUUACUCAAACUGGACACGGUCCCGUCGUUCUCGGUGAAUGCGAUGAGUAUGUUCAAAAUAGACUACGGUCUUAUGAUGAGCGUAAGCAGAUAA